AUGGACGGAGGGCCAGUGGCAUGUCGGAACUGCAAUGCCACGAUGAAAAAUUUCGCAGAAUUUUCUCGUCAUAUGCAUACACAUCUGCUCUGCAGCGAUUUGAAGCUGAAAUGCGUUCUGUGCGAUGCAUCCUUCACCGAUCAAAUAGUAAUGCUCGUUCUUAUGCGCCUUUUUUUCGGCAAAUCAUAUUGGUAA